UGCUGGACCACUUCUGACUCACCAUUACAAGCUUGUCAUCUUUGCGCCUCCUUGACAUUUUCUGCUUGUCCAGCGAGUGGCUACUUUGCACCGCCGAAAAGGUAAAGACGAUUUGCAUUGAUGGGGGGGUAAGAAAAAAAGAGGGCAUGCACUGUGAUGUCAUUCCAUUUUUUGGUCAGAUAUUACAAAAUGAGUUCAAUGAGAAGUUGCAAUUCUAGUUCAGUAUAGAAAGAUUUCAAAAAGGGUUAGGGUUCUACCUCCUAGAUGGCUGUCUGCAGCAUAUACUAUAUCAAAAUAGAAAAAACGUAUUAUUAUUAUUAUUAUUGCAUGCGAGCACAGUUUAAGACGGAUUCUCGCCAUUGAGACCAAAGCAAAUAAGAGGCGUGGUGAGGCAAGGCGGGGAAGGGAAGGGAACCAUGUCCCGGCUGUACUACAAGAAGACGGGCAGCCCCUCCUACAGCGAUCGCAUCCCCCUGCGCAUCGUGCGGGCCGAGCCGGAGCUCUCGGCCCUGGAGCGGGCCUACCUGGGGGCGGUGGGCAAGGGCGACUACGCCACGGUGAAGGAGGCCCUGGAGGAGGCCGAGAUCUACUUCCGCAUCAAUAUCGACUGCGUGGACUCGCUGGGGCGCACGGCGCUGCUCAUCGCCAUCGAGAACGAGAACCUGGAGAUCGUGGACCUGCUGCUCAGCUAUAAUGUGCACGUGGGCGACGCCCUGCUGCACGCCAUCCGCAAGCAGGUGGUGGGCGCCGUGGAACUGCUGCUCAACCACAAGAAGCCCAGCAGCGAGAAACAGCUCCCGCCCAUCCUGCAGGACAAGCAGUUUUGGGGCUUCACCCCGGACAUCACUCCCAUCAUCCUGGCGGCGCACACCAACAACUACGAGAUCAUCAAGCUGCUGGUGCAGCGAGGCGUGUCCAUCCCGCAGCCGCACGCCGUGCUGUGCGACUGCCUGGAGUGCGUGUCCAGCUCGGACGUGGACGGCCUGCGCCACUCGCACUGCCGCCUCAACAUCUACAAGGCGCUGGCCAGCCCCUCGCUCAUCGCCUUGUCCAGCGAGGACCCUUUCCUCACCGCCUUCCAGCUCAGCUGGGAGCUGAAGGAGCUCAGCAGGGUGGAGAACGAGUUCAAGGCCGAGUACGAGGCGCUGUCGCGUACCUGCAAACAAUUCGCCAAGGACCUCCUGGACCAGACCAGGAGCUCCAAGGAGCUGGAAAUCAUCCUCAACUACCGCGACGACAUCAACCCGCUGCUGGAUGAGAACACCAACGAUCUGGCCCGGGUCAAGUUGGCCAUCAAGUACUGUCAGAAGGAGUUUGUGGCCCAGCCCAACUGUCAACAGCUGCUGGCGUCGCGCUGGUACGAUCAGAUCCCGGGGUGGAGAAGACGGCACUGGGCGGUCAAACUGGUCACGUGUAUCCUCAUCGGGCUCCUCUUCCCAGUCUUGUCCAUCUUUUACUUGGUCUCGCCCAAGAGCCGCUACGGCCUGUUCAUCCGCAAGCCCUUCAUCAAGUUCAUCUGUCACGCCGCUUCCUAUUUGACGUUCCUGUUCCUGCUCUUCUUGGCGUCGCAGCACAUCGAAGCUCCGCAGCGGGACAUUCAGGGCCCGGCACCCACCGCGGUGGAAUGGAUGAUCCUACCCUGGGUCAUCGGUUUCAUCUGGACGGAGAUCAAGCAGAUGUGGGAUAGCGGUUUCCAAGACUACAUGGAUGACUGGUGGAACAUCAUGGACUUCAUUAUGAACGCGUUGUACCUUGCAACCAUUUCCCUCAAGAUUGUUGCCUAUGCAAAGUACAGCGGGCACAAACCCCGAUGCAGCUGGGAAAUGUGGCACCCCACUCUGAUUGCCGAGGCGCUGUUCGCCAUCGCCAACAUCUUCAGUUCCUUGCGCCUCAUCUGCCUUUUCACCGCCAACUCCCACCUGGGCCCGCUGCAGAUCUCACUGGGCCGCAUGCUCCUCGACAUCCUCAAGUUCCUCUUCAUCUACUGUCUGGUGCUGCUGGCCUUCGCCAACGGCCUCAACCAGCUCUACUACUACUACGGAACCGACGUGGGCGACAACUGCAAGGGAAUCCGAUGCAUGCAGCAGAACAACGCCUUCUCCACGUUAUUCGAGACGCUGCAGUCGUUAUUCUGGUCCGUCUUUGGCCUCGUUUCCCUCUACGUGACACGAGUGAAGCCGCCCCACGAAUUUACCGAGUUUGUCGGAACCACCAUGUUCGGCACGUACAACAUCAUCUCCCUGGUGGUGCUGCUGAACAUGCUCAUCGCCAUGAUGAACAACUCGUACCAGCACAUUGCGGAUCACGCGGAUAUCGAGUGGAAAUUUGCAAGAACUAAAUUAUGGAUGAGCUACUUUGAAGAGGGAGGAACGUUGCCGUCGCCGUUCAACAUCAUACCCAGUCCCAAGUCCUUUUAUUAUCUGACGGGAUGGAUACGAGCGCGUCUGUUUCACGUGCCCAGCGUCAGAAGACUUGAAACUUUUGAAAAUUUAGGGGUAAGUUCUUUGAUCAAAUCUUCCCGGACCGCUUCCUACGCUGACAGACUAACGGUGAAUUUACUUGAGCGAUUACAGAGGCGAGCGGCAAACAAUGUGCGAGUGAACCACGAGUAUCAGGAGGUUUUGAAGAAUCUCAUCAAGAGGUACGUGGCGGCGAUGAUCCGAGAUGCCAAGACGGAGAAAGGUUUGACCGAAGAAAACUUCAAGGAGCUCAAGCAGGACAUCUCCAGCUUCCGCUACGAGGUGCUGGGAAUGAUGCGGGGCAAAUGGCAAAGAGGCUCCAGGGUGGCCAGCUCCCCUUUCGCUUACCCGGGAAACUCCUUCAAGUAUUCCCCCAAGUUCUUCACGGAAGAGUCGCAGCAGAGGCUGGAGGUGUUUGAGCUGAGCGGCCGCGGGCCCGGCCCGGGCGACGCCGCCACCGCCGUCAGCCCCGAGCAGACGCACGCCAGGCGGGCCUCUCAGAACCGCUCCGAAAUGGGCUCAAAGUGUUCCGACAGCGCCGAAAAGCAGCAGCUGAAAAGUCCCAGGGUGAUAGUGCAAGUGGCACGGGAGUUGGAGGAGGACCUUUCCUGAGAGCUGCAACCUGCUGGACAUUGAUGACCUCAACAAUGUUCACUCGGGGCCACACACAUAUACGGGGUUCGAUCCCCCGCUUUGCGAUAACGUACGGAAUGAAGACGCUUUCCCGGCCGGCCGUGUUCUCCUGAGCUCGUGCGCUACGUGAAAAAGUGCUGACGUGUGGAAAGUGAAGAAACAAGAAAGUAUUAAACUAAGUUUAUUACUUCUCCUCAAA